AUGUUACCUGUUACAGAUACGGUUAUAGUUAUGGUUACGGUUACGAUUACGGUUACGGCUACAGUUACGGCUACGGUUACAGCUACAGUUAAGGCUAAGGAUAAGGCUACGGUUAUGGUCAUUGUUAUGGUUAUGGCAAUGGUUACUGCCACAUUUACGGUUACAGUUACAGUUACAAUUAUGGUUACAAUUACGAUUACGAUUACAAUUACGAUUAUGGUUACAAUUACAAUUAGGGUUACAAAUACGAUUUCGGUUACAGUUACAGUUAGGGCUACAAUUACGGUUACAGUUACAGUUACAGUUAUGAUUAUGGUUGGGGUUACGGUUAUGGUUAUGAUUACAGUUACGGUUACAGUUUCAGUUACAGUUACAGUCUCAGUUACAGUUACAGCUAUGGUUCUGGUUACGGUUACGGUUAAGGUUACGGUUUUGGUUACAGUUAAGGUUACAGUUACGGUCACAGCUACAGUUAGGGUUACGGUUAUGGUCACAGUUACAGUUAUGGUUAUGGUUACAGUUACAGUUAUGGUCACGGUUACAGUUACGGUUAUAAUUACAGUUAUGGUUAUGGUUAGGGUCAGCUAUAUUCAGGGGAACCGUGUUGUGCACUUGAAGAGUGACUCUAAGAAGGCUGGAAAGGAACUAACAAGACAGGAGAGGUUACAGAAGAUGCUCAAGGAAGCGCAAAUGAAUGAGGUUAGACAUGAUAUGUUAAACAGCUGGUUUCUCGCAUAG